AUGAUGGAUGAAGUCAAUGCAAUGAAUCAUGAGAAGAUUCAAAACUAUUUAAAAUCGCUAUCAAAUGCAGGAAUCCUGGAGGCAGAUUAUAAUGGCUAUCAACCCUACAUUAAAAGCGAGAAAGCGUUUUCCACAAGGAGUCACAACAAUCGAACAAUUCCAUACAAUUAUCCUCAAAUUCCAAUUUAUGGUCCUACGAUGGGAUAUGUGACGAAUGCUUCAAAUUAUAAUCAUCCACAAAGUUACCGUUCAAAUCUUUAUCAAAAUCAUUAUUUUAUUCACGAUGAGAAACAAAGUCCAAAGGAGAAGAAAAGCGAUAAAAAUUCUCGUAAGAAAUCUGUUUUAGAGGAUGCAGAUCUUUCAUACUCAGGAGUUGAUAGGGAUUUAGCAGACAGCUAUUUAAAACAAAUAGAAGCUGUACCAGGCUGGUACCUAGCGCUCUAA